UGCAUACUGCUGGAAAGUCCUUUGCACCUGGACCCAGUUUAACAGACGUUCUCAAAACCAGUUUAGGACCAGUUCUGAAGACUUUUUUGGGUUUACAGUUAUAACAAAGGCUAACUAAAGAGAACUUGUUCCAAAAUGGAAUCGUGAUUGCAAACACAUUUUUUGUUCCCUGUUGCUUUAAAUCUGGGCUGUAAAAUGAAUUCUGCAGAAGGAAGCAGGGUUGGUUGGGAGAUCAUUUCACAAUCAGGUUGGUCAAACUUUCCAAGAAGCUGAACGGGUUAAAAGCAGAAAGUUCAGCAGCUAGAGUAGAUCCAGAAAUGUAGAGUCCUCUUACUGAAUUCCUUUUCCUGUAGCUCCUUUGGAGAAAACUUUGAGUUUGGUGUUGCCGUUCUUGAAUUUUGCUGGGCGAAUCUCAACAGUUCGGAAAGAACAAAGAUGAUGCUAACACAAACACACUGGGCAACUGAGAAUAACAAGCAACAUUGAAAAGCAAAGCAAAUUGAAGCAGAAAUAAAAAUAUGUUCUAUUUCCUUCAGAAAGCUGCAGAAUUCGUCUACUUCAUCAUCAGCUAAGAGACAGAAAAGAGAAAAUCAUGAAGAGAUUUGCAGCUGGAAAAAGUAGAUUAUAUAGAAUUUAAGAAUACGUUACUUGAAAAGGUCAAAGGAGAUCAUUUUUCCGUUCAGAAAAAGAGGGAAAUAUCUGGAAGCCAGUGGGGAAGAAAAUGUUAAUUGGAUAGUCACAUAUGGCAGCCAGUAAUGCAGGCACCAACAAAAUAAGGAAUCACAAAUAUUUUUGACCUCCUCAAGAAUGUCAGUGAUGGAAAAGCUCAAUAAAUGUGCCUAUUGUGGGAAAAGUAAAGAGUUCAAAUCACAAGAGGAUCUACACUGAACAAAAGCCAUAUAAAUACUCUGAAUGUGGCAAAACUUUAGUCAGAAUAGCUCCCUUGCAAUUCAUAGAAGGAUCCUCAUAGUAGAGAUGCCCUACAACUGCUCCCAAUGUGGUAAAUGCUUUUGCAAGCAUGGCAACUUUGUGAUACAUCAGAGGACUCACACCAGGGAGAAACCAUAUGAGUGUCCAGAUUGUGGGAAAAGUUUCAUUGCAAAUUCCCACCUGGUAAGACACCAGAGGACUCACACAGGAGAGAAACCCUUUGAAUGUCCUGAUUGUGGGAAACGUUUCAGUCAGAAUUACUACCUAGUGAUACACCAGAGGAAUCACACAGGGGAGAAACCCUUUGAAUGUCCUGUUUGUGGGAAAGGUUUCAGUCUCAAUUCCACCCUGAUUCAACACCAGAGGACUCACACAGGAGAGAAACCCUUUGAAUGUCCUGAGUGUGGGAAAAGUUUCAGUCAGAAUUCCAGCCUGGUGAUACACCAGAGGACUCACACAGGAGAGAAACCCUUUGAAUGUCCUGAGUGUGGGAAAAGUUUCAGUCUUAAUUCCAGUCUGGUGAAACACCAGACGACUCACACAGGAGAGAAACCCUUUGAAUGUCCUGAGUGUGGGAAAAGUUUCAGUCGGAAUUCCAGCCUGGUGAACCACCAGAGGACUCACACAGGGGAGAAACCCUUUGAAUGUCCUGAUUGUGGGAAAAACUUCAGUCUCAAUUCCUCUCUGGUGAAACACCAAAAGACUCACACAGGAGACAAACGACACAAGUGUGCAGAUUGUGGGAAAAGUUUCAGUUACCCUUAUGACCUGGUGAUCCACCAGAGGACUCACACAGGAGAGAAACUAUAUGUGUGUCCUGAUUGUGGGAAAAGUUUCAGUCUCAAUUCCAGCCUGGUGAUACACCAGAGGACUCACACAGGCGAGAAACCCUUUGAAUGUCCUGAUUGUGGGAAAAGUUUCAGUGACAAUUCCAGCCUGGUGAAACACCAGAGGACUCACACAGGAGAGAAACCCUUUGAAUGUCCUGAUUGUGGGAAAAGUUUCAGUCGGAAUUCCAGCCUGGUGAACCACCAGAGGAAUCACACAGGGGAGAAACCCUUUGAAUGUCCUGAUUGUGGGAAAAACUUCAGUCUCAGUUCCUCUCUGGUGAAACACCAAAAGACUCACACAGGAGACAAACCACACAAGUGUGCAGAUUGUGGGAAAAAUUCCCACCUGGUGAAACACCAGAGGACUCACACAGGAGAGAAACCCUUUGAAUGUCCUGAUUAUGGGAGAAGUUUCAGACAGAAUUCCCACCUCAUUAUCCACCAGAGGACUCACACCAGGGAGAAACCAUAUGAGUGUCCAGAUUGUGGGAAACAUUUCAGAGGAAAUUCCCACCUGGUGAUACACCAGAGGACUCACACAGGAGAGAAACCCUUUGAAUGUCCUGAGUGUGGGAAAAGUUUCAGUCAUAAAUCCAACCUGGUGAACCACCAGAAGACUCACACAGGGGAGAAACCCUUUGAAUGUCCUGAUUGUGGGAAAGGUUUCAGUCUUAAUUCCAGUCUGGUGAACCACCAGAGGACUCACACAGGGGAGAAACCCUUUGAAUGUCCUGAUUGUGGGAAAGGUUUCAGUGAGAAUUCCAGCCUGGUGAUACACCAGAGGACUCACACAGGGGAGAAACCCUUUGAAUGUCCUGAGUGUGGGAAAAGUUUCAGUCAUAAAUCCAACCUGGUGAACCACCAGAAGACUCACACAGGAGAGAAACCCUUUGAAUGUCCUGAUUGUGGGAAAAGUUUCAGUCACAAUUCCAGCCUGGUGAACCACCAGAAGACUCACACAGGAGAGAAACCCUUUGAAUGUCCUGAUUGUGGGAAAAGAUUCAGAAACAGUUCCAGCCUGGUGAUACACCAGAAGACUCACACAGGAGAGAAACCCUUUGAAUGUCCUGAUUGUGGGAAAAGAUUCAGUUGGAAUUCCAGCCUGGUGAUACACCAGAGGACUCACAUAGGAGAGAAACCCUUUGAAUGUCCUGAUUGUGGGAAAAGUUUCAGUUGCAAUUCCAGCCUGGUGAUACACCAGAGGACUCACACAGGAGAGAAAGCCUUUGAAUGUCCUGAUUGUGGGAAAAACUUCAGUCUCAAUUCCCGUCUGCUGAAACACCAAAAGAUUCACACAGGAGACAAACCACACAAGUGUCCAGAAUGUGGGAAAAGUUUCAGUUACCGUUUUAACCUGAUGAGCCACCAGAGGAUUCACACAGGAGAGAAACCCUUUGAAUGUCCUGAGUGUGGGAAAAGUUUCAGUCACAAUUCCAGCCUGGUGAGCCACCAGAGGACUCACACAGGAGAGAAACCCUUUGAAUGUCCUGAGUGUGGGAAAUGUUUCAGUCACAAUUCCCACCUGGUGAGCCACCAGAGGAUUCACACAGGAGAAAAACCUUUUGAAUGUCCUGAUUGUGGGAGACGUUUCAGUCGGAAUUCCCACCUGGUGGGCCACCAGAGGAUUCACACAGGAGAAAAACCUUUUGAAUGUCCUGAUUGUGGGAAAAAAUUCACUCUCAAUUCCAACCUGCUGAUACACCAGAGGACACACACAAGAGGGAAACCAUACAAGUGUACAGAUUGUGGGAAAAGUUUCAGUCAGAACAGCAAUCUAGUGAGCCACCAGAGGACUCACACAGGAGAAAAACCCUUUGAAUGUCCUGAGUGUGGGAAAAGUUUCAGUCAGAAUUCCCACCUCAUUAUCCACCAGAGGACUCACACAGGAGAAAAACCCUUUGAAUGUCCUGAGUGUGGGAAAAGUUUCAGACAGAAUUCCCACCUCAUUAUCCACCAGAGGACUCACACAGGAGAGAAACCAUAUGAGUGUCCAGACCAGCAGAGUCAAACUAUUUGAUUGAGGGGCGCAUCAGGAUUGUGGUUGAUCUUGUGGGUGGGCCUGGUGGGGUGAUGUCACAUGGCCAGCUCGACAUCUUUUGUGUCAUGGGGCGCCUGUGGUGGCCCAGGCAGGUCUGGGGAGAUCCAUUGUCUCCAGCAGAGGAAGGCGAGACAAUGGUAAGUGCCAAAAACCUUGUUCUCUCCAUCCCUCUCAGGCCACACAAAGGACCCCCGGGCAACAGCACAGGCUGCCCAGAGCCCUUGGAGCGUAAGCGCCCAGCCUGGCCCUCAAGCUCCCAUUGCACUGGGACCCCACAGCCAAGCCCUGCUUCCCCCAGUGGGUGCCCGGCUGCGCUUACCUCCUCCUCAAGGCUGCUGCUAUGCUCGCUGUCCUUGGGCAUGUUGCUCAUGGUGUAUGCAGGAGGGCAAAGUGUGUGUGUCAGAGGGAAGGCCACUCCUUCUCCAUGCGAGGAGCCCCAACUUUAUAACUAAAGCAUCCUCAGCAAUAGGAAGGGAGGUUACCAGGAGAGGUCAGGAGGAGGGGACAAGGGGAUAGCGAAAGGGCAGAAGGGCAGCUGGUGGCCAAGUACUAAGGUAGGAUUUUCCUCAGAAGCUGACUCCCUCUUAUUAUAAUCAGCAGCCGUUAAAUGAAUGUGUAAGUUGUUAAGCGGAACAUUGGCUACCUCAGGGUUGGGGGAAGGUCUUAAGAGGCCUAGCGCAGGAUAUUUGAUAAAGUUGUGUUAGGAAAUGACUAUUACCUAACCUGUUGGGUUGGCAAUAUAUAAACCAUCAAUGUAGCUUUAAGACUGCUGUAUUGCAUCAUACUGUGUCCUGAUUGGUUAGCUCUGUAGCCAAUGUCCUUAAGAGGGAGCUAAAAACAUGGUUUGUUCUCUUUGCUGUUCUUGCUCUCUGAUAUCUCUGUAUGCUACUGUUUGCAAAUCCAGAAGAACUGUUUAUUGUAAAUGACCACGACGACUGGUAAGAAGACUUUGUUAUUGGAUUAUCCCUGGACUGUCUUUUUGGCUAUCUCCUGCUUUAUAUGUGUAUGACCUGGACUGUUUAUUGAACUGUGCCUUAUUAUUUCCUGAAAGUAAACACAACUCAGUGUA